AUGGGCGGGCCGAGAGGUUCCCUGGACAUGGGGACGGUUAGGAUGGUGGUGGGCCUCGUGGUCGCCGUCGCGGCGCUUCUUUCCCCCUCCGCGGCCGGGGAUUUCGACGACGAAGUGGAGGCGCUGGUGGCCAUCAGGGCGGCGCUGCAUGACCCGGGCAACGUGCUCAGUGACUGGGACGCCGCCAGGUCCGGCGACAACCCGUGCCACUGGCGCAUGGUCACCUGCAUCUGCCGCCAUGUUUACGAGCUGUCUCUGGUGCACCAGAACCUCUCCGGCACGCUGUCGCCGGCGAUCGGGAAACUCAGGACGCUGCGAUAUCUGUCUUUAUCCCACAAUGCAAUUUCUGGCCCUAUCCCCGACACCAUAGGCAGGAUGCAGUUGCUACAAAGACUUGACCUGUCAAAAAACCAGUUCACUGGAAGCAUUCCAAGUUCACUGGGUGAUCUGGUGAACCUCCAAUAUUUGAAAUUGAACAAUAACAGCUUAUCUGGACCUAUACCUGAUUCACUAGCCACCUCUCUCAAGAUCUUCAGAAUGGAUAUUUCCUUCAACAACCUGAGCGGCCACCGGCCAAUUUUUCGCGCGUGGAAUAAUGUCUUCCUUGAUGGAAAUCCAUUGCUAAAUGGUAUGAACUAUGGAGGAAGCGAACCUGGUGUGGGAAACCCUCUUUAUGGAGAAAGCUGCUCUUCUGCGAUAGCGGAACCGCUUGAUCUCCCCGUACUGAAGCCGACGAAUAGGGCAGCUCAAAAUGGCCCAGAAAUUCGUUUUGGUCAUUUGAAGGAGUACAAGUUUGAGGAGAUCCGAAAGGCUACCAAUAACUUCAGCCCAAGGAACAUUUUGGGAGAGGGGGGAUAUGGAAUAGUAUACAAGGGUUGUUUGUCUGAUGCCACGAUUGUUGCUGUUAAAAGACUCAAGGAUCAUGUUUUGGUUGUCGAGGAUGAUCAAUUCCAUACAGAGGUUGAAGUGAUUAGUUUGGUUGUUCAUCGCAAUCUCCUUCAUCUUAUUGGGUUCUGCACUACAAAUGAUGAAAGGAUCCUUGUGUAUCCUUACAUGCCAAAUGGAACUGUUGCUUCUAAAUUGCAAGAACGUGUCAAUGCGAAACCAGCCUUAGACUGGCCAAGGAGAAAGAGGAUAGCACUUGGUGCGGCACGGGGCCUGCUCUAUUUGCAUGAGCAAUGUGAUCCUAAGAUAAUCCAUCGUGAUAUAAAAGCUUCCAACAUUCUUCUUGACGAAUAUCUUGAAGCAGUUGUUGCGGAUUUUGGAUUAGCAAAACUUUUGGAUCAUGGAGAGUCUCAUGUUGUCACAGUAGUGCGUGGGACAAUCGGGCGCAUACCACCUGAGUCUUUGAUGACUGGCCACGCGUCUGAGAAGUCUGAUGUUUUUGGCUUUGGACUCUUGUUGAUCGAGUUGGUCACUGGUCGAGAGACGCUGGAGCUUCGUGAGAAUGAGUAUAAGAAUGGAGGAAUUCUUGAUUGGGCCAAGGAACUUCUCGAACAAAAUCAGCUAAGCUCGUUUGUCGACAGGAAGCUAGGAAACAGCUAUGACAGUGCCGAAUUGCAGGAAAUGGUUCAGAUAGCGUUGCUCUGCACAAUGUACAACCCUGACCAUCGCCCCAGGAUGUCUGAAGUUAUUAGGAUGCUGGAAGGAGGAGAUGGAGUUGCAGAGAAAUGGGAGGCCUUGAAAAAUGUCGAGGAACUUAACCCCGAUUCCCCGGGGUAUCUGUUCCCUGAUAUAUUAGAUUAUGAUGCAGAUCGGAGCAAUUCAAUUGAGUUGCAAGCUAUUGAGCUCUCAUGGCCAAGGUGA